AUGAUGAGAUCUAUGCUGGUAGUGGCUUUGGCUUUAUGUGUAGUACAUUGUAAUGGAUUCCUUUUUAGACAUGGCACAAAAUGGAAUAACCUAAAAGUAACAUGGGGAAUAAAUCCAUUGAGCAGUACCAGCUUUGUAGCUAUGCCACUGACAGAGACUGAUGCCAAGUCUCAAGGAUUUCAGAAGAUCUCAGACUGUGGAGAUUCCAGUGGUUUACAUGGCAUCCGGUAUGUUAAAGGCAACGAUAUGAAUCUCAUUUUGAUAUAUGAUGUUAAAGGCAUUAUUGCUGGAAUUUCUGCUGCGGUUCCUACUAAUCUUGCAAAUGGAUGGCCACACGUCUUUCUAAAGGGACAUCCUUUUAUCAAGUCUGGCAACCACCAUCAUAUUUCUGCAUAUUUUGUUGAUCCUGCAAUAAUUUGUGCCUCUGGUAGAUCUACAGCCCUUUACCAUCAACAGGGUGUAGGAACUGAUCUAUACAUUCAGAACGGAACAGAUCCGAUUGCUGACUCCAUCAAAAUACCACAUCUUCAGAGUGGAAUAACAUCUACUCACUGGACAAAAGGGAAAUGUUUUCCAACAAUGGGGCUCCAUUACUGGUACAACUUAAGAAAGGAUAUGAGUUGUGACGAAUUUUAUCCAAUGUUCCUUUUGUAUAAUGACGGUAAAUUAAAUGCUUUUGGUUGGGCAUUCAUCGCAGACUUGACUUCACCUAGACUAGAACAUCCACCACACGCAUCAAUUUCUAGUUUCAUGAAUCCACCACCAGACUGUCUGUUCAACUCUGGAACAUUAUCUACGAUGCACAUCUAUUUGUCCAACAACCCUUCUUUGAACACAUGCUAAGAUGAAGUUUUACCUCUGU